AUGGCUAGUACGCCCAGGGAACAGCGGCCGCGCAUCGUUCAGUGGAACGUGCGUUCGAUGCGCCGCCGUCAUCCUGAGCUCGCAGAUGGGGCUCUCCUCGACGAGUGCGACGUUCUUGCUCUGCAGGAAACGUACGUGCGCGCGGCAGAGCUCAACCUGCCGGGCCUCGUGGCGUACCAUAGCGCCACCAGCUGCCAGCAGGCGUCAUGCACGGCUAGUCCGUGUGCUGAUCCCUCACACCCGGCCGGCCGGUCGCGCGCAUCACUCUACGUGCGUGCCGACCUCGCCCAGGCCGUGGUGGGCGUGGACGACUUGUCAUGCGGGUUUUUCGAGUGCGUGGCGGUGACCGUGCGCGUGGGCCCCACCGACACAAGCGUUGCCAGUGUUUACGUUCGGCCCGGUAGGCGCUGGGACACUGAGCUCGUGGGCCGUCUGGCCGAUCGUGUUGGUGGUGACUUGGUGAUGUGCGGGGACUUCAACUCGCAUCACACUGCGUGGGGCUCCAGCCGCGACGACGACAACGGCCGCCGAUUGCUGGACGUGCUGCUGCGGGCUGGCCUGCUCGUCGCCAACAUCGGUAGUGCCACGUUCGCUCGCCGCGGCUGUGCGGGGAGUGCGAUAGAUCUCUCGCUGGUGUCGGAGCGCUGCCACUACAUCUGGCGGCGCAGCCCCGACAUGCGGGGGUCUGACCACUACCCGAUCUUCCUCGUGCCUCACACCGCCGCCCACCUCCCGACGAGAAGCUACAGUGUGGUGAAUUGGCCGCGAUUUCGGGAACUGUGUGCUACAGUGCCAGUCUCGGAGGGCGGCCUCUUCCGGCACAUUGCCGAGUGUGCGCCCGCUGCGUGGCGAGAGCACUGGACGGUGUAUAACCGCUUGGACGCGGCCUGCCGUCGCCACGCGAGGCAACGCCGCAGCGCGAGCUGGUCCAGCCUGUGCUACUCGCUUGACGAUGCGGGCGCUCGCUCGCGCCCGUGGCGCAUCCUGGGCGCCAUCCUGCGCCCCCGAGUGCCGCGCUGCCCCGCACUUUCCAUCGCGGUGACACGCGGAAUCACGAACGCGCAGCUCGCCGAGCUGCUCGCGACCACAUUCUGCCCACCACCGGGGGUCUCAGCGAGGUCAACAGAGAUCCUGCAGCCGCAGCACCACCCCCGGCGAGAGCUCAUGGCCCCGCGGCGCUACUUUCCGACAGCCGGCACCCUGGCUGAUGUUGACGCACUGUGCGCAGCUGACUUUUCCAUCGGUGAGCUGCGCGCGGUGCUCGCGUCAAGGAGGCGCCGUUCUGCCCCUGGUUCCGACGGCAUCACGUACCAGAUGCUGCGGAACUUUGACAGCGGCCAGCUUCACCUCCUGCUGGACGCCUGCAACCAGGUCUGGCGGACUGGCCGCAUCCCGAGGGAAUGGAAUGAGGCAGUGGUUGUGCCGUUACUCAAAAACGGCAAACCAUCAAGCAACCCUGCCUCAUACCGGCCGGUGUUGCUCACAUCUGCCGCGGGCAAGGUGCUCGAGGCGAUGGCGCUGCGGCGCCUCGAGUGGAUAGCUGCGGCACUGGACAUCUUGGCGGCCCAGCAGGAGGCCGAUGUCAUCUCGUCACCCGAGGAGGCCAAGCACCGCGGCGACGCGAGCUACCUGAUCCUCCUCGACGUGGUGAGCGCAUUCGACCAGCUGCCGCACGACACCAUCCUCGAUGCGCUCAGUGCCAUGGGAGUCACCGGGAGGAUGCUCGACUAUGUGGGGGAGUUCCUCAGUGGCCGUACGAUGCGUGUGCGAGUGGGGGGAGUGCUCAGCAAGCCGCGUGCCGUCACAACUGGUGUGCCUCAGGGCAGUGUGCUGAGCCCGUUCCUGUUUAACCUCGCGCUCGCGCGCAUCGGUGACUACAUACCCCAGCUGCCGGCGUACGAGGUCCGCUUCGCGGUGUACGCGGACGACAUCGCACUGUUCGCCUCGGGCCCCACGGGGAGGGGCUAUGUGGUGCGCGAGUGUGUGCAGUCCGCGCUCGACGCGGUCGACGCGUACAUCAGCGGCAUCGGCCUCACCCUGUCGGCAGCAAAGACUGAGGCGCUCCUAGUGCACCCUCGCUACGGGGGCCGCCUUGAGAUCCCGUGCCUCUCCCUCCGUGGCGCGGCUCUCCCGUGGCGAAGGCGAGUGCGCUACCUCGGCCUCCUCAUCGACCACCGACUCAGCUGGCAGCCUGCGGUUGCUGCUCUUCGCAAGGGGUCCAGGCAGGUGGCGGGCGCGGCGCGCUCUCUCAUGGCCCGCGGCCAGGGCUGCUCGCCGUCCCUCGCCCUGCGGAUGUACAACGCGGUGGCCUCGGCGAGAGUCCUGUACGGCCUGCCACUUGCUGAGCUUCACCCAUCGAAGUGGAGGAGGGGAGGGCGCUCAACCACAUCGAGCGCAUGCACCGAUCGCCGCAUGGGCGGCUGCUGGUGCACCGACUUCACUCCCUUACCCAACUCCUGCAUGGGGCGACGCGUCGCCGAAUUCACCACCUUGGUUGGCCCUGGCCCAUCGUGUGCAUGGCACCCGCCCCCUCCGCAUCGCCGUCGCCGCCUCGACAUCCGCACCACCGUGCCUGGCGUGCGAGAUAAGCGCAACACCGCCGCCUGUGCCCUGCGACAGGAGACGGCUGCCGUCAUCGAUGAGCAUCUCGCCGGCCGUGUGCUUGUUUACACGGACGGCUCGGUGCUGCGGGACGGCGCGGCUUCGGCUGCCUGUGUCGCCCCUGAGCUCUCGGUUCAAAUGCAGUGCCGCGUGUUGUCCGCUGUCUCGUCCACGCAUGCCGAGCUUGCAGCCAUCCAUCUGGCGGCCGAGCUGCUGUAUCGGAAGCGGGUCUCACGAGCGGCCAUCCUCACCGACUCAAGGGCGGCCCUCUCCAUGCUGGCCAGAGAUGACCACGGCUCCCCCAUGAUCCAGCAGCUCCAUCGUAAGCUGGACGGCGUAUGCGAGCUGGGAUGCGACCUCGUCUUCCAGUGGGUACAUUCCCAUGUUGGCCUGCACGGAAACGAGGAAGCGGACCGGCUCGCAAUGGAGGCCCAUACCGCGGCGAUGCCCAGGUCGCUCGCGGUGACGGCCUUCGACGUUGCCCACCACUCCGUGGCCGGCUACCUGCAGACACGCCACCCGGAUCCUCGCGUCGCCGGCGGCAGUCCCCCUAAGCUGCUGCCACGCAGGGGCUUGAGCCGACAUGAUCGUGCUCUGCUCCUGCGUCUCCGCAUCGGCUGCUGCCGUACCGCGGACAGAAUGAACCGGUUGACGGGUUGCGGUUCGCGGCUCUGCGGUGGAUGCGCCGACGUUGAGACGCUCGACCAUGUGCUUUUACGUUGCCCCGCGCAAGCGAUCGAGCGUGCCGUGCUCGUCGCUGCCUACCGUCGCCUGGGGCUGCCGUGCGACACCACGCAGGGGCUCUUGUUUCCGGCGGUAUCUUCCUCCAUCGCCAGGCGCGCCUUCUCGGCGCUACUGGACUUCUUGGAGGACAUCAACCUGUGCUCGCGACUGUGA